CUCGAGAGGAAGGAAGAAAAACUCCCUCACGCUGGCAAACGGGGUCACGAACUAUGACCUUUCACUGGAGUAAAACAAUAACAAAUAAUGUGAAAUAAACCCGACAGCUCACAUCUUCGCGCAUCCGAGUCACAGGUGGAGGGGUGGUUGGCAGAUGCAGUGCUGGUCUUUGUCCAAUCAGACACCACUAAUGACCUUACAUCAGCAUGACAACCAAUAUGGAGGUGCUGGCUCAGCAGAUAUUGACCACUGAGCAGAUUGCAGAGAUCUACACUCCUGCCAGAAGCCUGCGGUUGGCUAAGGAACGUCGCCUAGUUGUACCAACACAAAGAGGCACCAAAACAACUUCCACACGAUCUGCUGAAACCAGCUCAACAUUGACGAUCCAGCUGUUCUAUGCAGUCAUCUCCAUCAGAAAGUUCAGUGAUGAGCUCCUCCCCCCAACGCAUUCAGAUCAUCACUGACCCCACCGUCACAACACCACAGAGAAUACAGAUUGUGACCGAGCCGCAGUCAGGUCAGAAGAUUCAGAUAGUGACCGCUCUAGACUCCAGUGUCCCCAAACAGCAGUUUAUCCUCACAGCACCUGAAGGAAAAGUCCUGCUGGCAUCACCCGACAGCACUAGUGCCAAACAACUCAUCUUUGCCACCGCAGACAGCCUGGUGCCCGGACGAAUUCAGUUUGUGACUGAUGCAGUGUCUGUGGAGAGGCUUCUGGGUAAAGGAGGAGACAUGAGUCGAAGUCAGCCUGUUGAAUACUGUGUGGUGUGUGGAGAUAAAGCUUCAGGGCGGCACUAUGGGGCAGUGAGUUGUGAAGGCUGUAAGGGGUUCUUCAAGCGAAGUGUGCGCAAGAGUCUGACAUACAGCUGUCGGAGUAACCAGGACUGUGUUGUCAACAAACACCAUCGCAACCGCUGUCAGUUUUGCAGACUGAGGAAAUGUCUGGAGAUGGGCAUGAAGAUGGAGUCUGUUCAGAGUGAGAGGAAACCUAUUGAUCUGCCCAGAGAAAAACCUGUGAACUGUGCAGCAUCCACAGAGAAGAUCUACAUUAGGAAAGACCUGCGAAGUCCACUCAUCGCAACACCCACCUUCAUCACUGAGAACGACUCCUCACGGUCUGGGCUGUUGGACUCCGGGAUGCUGGUCAAUAUCCAACAACCCUUUAUACAAGCUGAUGGCACGUUAUUAUUAGCAACAGACAAAACAGAGUCAGCACAGGGUGAUCUAGGGACACUGGCUAAUGUGGUUACGUCACUAGCAAACCUGAACAACUCACUCAAUAAUGGAGACACCUCAGACAGCCAGCUGGAUGAAUCACCCAGUGAAAUCACACGUGCCUUUGACACGCUGGCUAAAGCUCUGAACCCCAGUGAUGUUGCGGAGGGCCAGAGCCUGUCGGAGGUGGGCGGAGCUAUGAUACAGGUGAUCAGCAGAGAUCAAAUCACACCGCUCAUAGAAGUGGAGGGUCCUCUGCUUACAGACACACACGUCAAUUUCAAGUUGACGAUGCCGAGCCCAAUGCCAGAGUUUCUGAAUGUACAUUACAUCUGUGAGUCUGCAUCACGUCUCCUCUUCCUCUCCAUGCAUUGGGCACGCUCUAUCCCAGCAUUCUUUGCUCUUGGGCAGGAGUGUAACACAACUCUAAUCCGUGCGUGCUGGAAUGAGUUGUUUACUCUGGGUUUGGCGCAGUGUGCUCACAUCAUGAGUCUUUCCACUAUCCUCGCAGCCAUCAUCAAUCACCUGCAGUCCAGUAUACAGGACGUAGACAAGUUAUCGAGUGAACGCAUUAAACUGGUUAUGGAGCACAUAUGGAAGUUGCAAGAGUUCUGCAACAGCAUGGCAAAGCUGGAAACAGACGGAUACGAGUAUGCAUACUUAAAAGCCAUCAUCCUCUUCAGUCCAGAUCAUCCAGGUUUGAGCAGCUGUAGCCAGAUAGAGAAGUUCCAGGAAAAAGCACAGAUGGAGCUCCAAGACUAUGUGCAAAAAACAUAUCCUGAUGAUACCUACAGGUUAGCGCGGAUCCUGUUGCGUUUACCAGCGCUGCGGUUGAUGAGCUCCAGUAUAACAGAGGAGCUUUUCUUCACCGGCCUAAUUGGAAAUGUACCAAUUGACAGUAUCAUCCCCUAUAUACUCAAGAUGGAGACUGCAGACUACAACAGCCAAAUCACAGGCCCCUCUGUGUGACCCGUCUCAUUUUCACCUUCAGACUAAAGGACUCGAAUAUAUCACGUUAUUUUGAACCGACAACAAGCUCUACCUCAAGAGGAGCUGCAACAGUGAAAGUCUCUUAGUAUUUGAGUUACCCUAGAAACAUUGUGUUAAGAGAAAUGCAUUAUGGGACUUUGAGUCCCAGUGACAGGCAACAUUAGAUUUGCCUCUAAACAUUAAACAGACAUGGGCCUUUCUUUUGUACAUUUACAUUUAUUCAUUUUAUCCAAAGCGACUUACAAAUGAGGAAUAGAGCAAAAGUGAUUCAUUAUGAGGAGGCAACAACAUUGAAGUGCUGCAAUGCAAAGUUUCAAAUUGUUCCAAGAAUUACAAGUAGGGAGAAAGGUGAAAAACAGUGGUAACAGAAUGGAGUGAGAAUUGGGUAUAUAUAUAUAUAAAGAAAGAUGAAGGUUAGUAAAUGAGUAGUAUUGUGUGCUCACGAAAGAGAUGUGUCUUUACAUGAUUCUUGAAAAUAGUUAGAAAAUCAGCUGCUCAGGUGGAGAUCGGAAGGUCAUUCCACCAGCGAGAAACGUUGGAAGUGAAAGUCUGAGAAAAUGAUGUUGUGCCACUAUGAGAUGACUCCACAAGGUAUAGUUCACCUGCCGAUACCAUGCUUCUGGAGGGCACGUAGACUUGAGGUUGUGAAUGUAGAUAGGGGGCGUGGAACCAGCGGCUGUUCUGUAAGAGAGCAUCAAUGACUUUAACGUGAUGCGACCAACCAUUGACAGUCAGUGCAGUUCAAUGAAGAGGCGCGGCAUGCGCUCUCUUCGGCUCAUUGAUGACCAGUCACAUUGCCACAUUGUGGAUUCAUUGCAGAGGUUUGACUGUACAUGCAGGAAGUCCUGCCAGAACAGCAUUACAGUAGUCCAGUCUAGAUAUGACAAGAGCUUGGACAAGAAGUUGUGUAGUAUGCUCCGAUAGCAAGGUCUGAUCUUCCUAAUGUUGUACAGUGCAAAUUUCCAUGAUCUUGGUGAUUGUGGUCCCUGAAGUUCCAGUGAUUGUCAAACACAACGGCAAGAUUUCUGACUGUCCUGGAUGGUAUAAUUGUUGAAGAGUCAAGCUGAAUGUUGACGUUAUGUUGCAUAGCUGGGCUCACUGGAACAAUGAGAAGUUCUGUCUUUGCUAGGUUGAAUUAGAUGUGGUGUUCUUUCUUAUAUGAAAUGUCUCCCAGGCAGGCUGAGAUCUGUAUAGCAUUCGUAGAAUCGUCAUGUUGGAAUGAGAGGUAGAUUUGUGUGUCAUCGGCAUAGCAAUGCAAAAUGUCAAAUGUAUAUAUGGAGAAAAUGAGAGGCCCAAGCACUGAACCUUGAGGUACCCCAGUGGCUAGUUGGUAAGACCUGGAUAUGGCUCCCCUCCAAGACACCCUAAAGGACUACCUGUGAGGUAAGACCGGUGAAGUGAAGACCAGUGGAGUGCUGUUCCUUUAAUACCCAUUGUCAAGGGGGUGGAUGUAGGAUCUGUUGGCAAACCGUAUCGAAAGCAGCUGACAGAGAAUGAGGACAGUUAUUUUUAAUGCUGCUCUAGCCAGUCUCAGAGCUUCAGUAACUGAGUUGAGCAGCAACAUUGACAGCUAUGAUUCUUUGUUGCUUAAGAUGUGAUCUCUGAUAAUAUCAAGAGUUUUGCUCGUGAAUCUCACAAAAACAUGUUCAGGUCAUAUUUUACCCCAAAAUCAAAAGAGAAAAAUAAGCAAUUACAUUUUGCAUAAAUAAAAGGAAGCCUAUUUUUAGGACAAUUCAAAUUUCUUGACAGUAUCGUCCUCAAAUACUAUGGUAUAUGAAUAUAUAUAUAAAUAAAUAAAAAUACUUCGGUUUAAAAAAUAUAAUUUUAUUUGGCAUUACUGUAAUGAAGAAUGGAUUUAUAUUAUUUAUUUAUUUAUUUUAAUGCAAAAAUCUUCAUGAUCCAAAAAAACAUGCAUCAUUUUGCAAAUAAAAUAAUACAAGUAAUAUGAUAAUGAUAUUCACCCAAAACAAAAUGUGCUGCAUUAGUCUCCCUCUGAAGUACUGUUUAACCUCAAUCUGUGGUUGUCAAGCUAUAAUUUAUUAAGACAUGUCAGAUAUGAAAAGGGUCUUUCAUAUGACCUUAGCGGGUCUGUUUAGAUGCUUCUUUUUGUCCUGAUUUGGGAUGAGAGUGUGGUGUGCCACAGCUCAUUAUUAUUGUGUAUGUACUGUAUCACCUCUGCUGUUAUGACAAUCCCCUUACAGUAUAACGCUGCGCUUAUCCUCCUUCAAAUCCUCUUCUGUGUAUUUCAUUGAGUCUAACUCAAAAGUCAUCAAAAAUCAUCAGUUAGUAAAUGACAUUAAUUAUAGGAAAUAUUUCAAAUUUGUCUAUAGUAUUUGGAAUUUUUUAGAUGAAAUAUAUCCACAACAGGGCAAUUCAAUGCAGUUACCUUACUAUAAAAAAAAACAUUAUUUGCAAAUAGAUCAUUUGUAAGACACUUAAAGGGAAUUUUGUCAUCUUUGCAAAUCAAUGUAAUGUAAGUAUUGACAUGCACUUAUUUUACAUGGUUUUUGAAUCUGAAAUGUGUGUGUGUGUGUGAAAUUAUGACCUUGAAAGGAAACUUCCAGUCCAUUUUAUGUUUCACACUUCACCUUUAACUAUUCUUGGUUAACUACAAAUGAAGUCAGUGUAUUUUUACAUUUGAGGAGUGCAGAAGCAUUUGCAGACUCUUCUACUCAUUUCAGUUGGAUUUGAAUUGGUAAUCACCACCACCAACUGUGCAAUUGAACUCAGAAUAACACCUAAAAUAUGUCCAAAAUGUGCCUCAUAUAUUUGAAAACAUACAAAGCAAUUCACAACAGUUGUUUUGCAUUUGCAUACAUAGAUUUAUUCAGUGAGAGUAUUUCUGACUGAACUCUGAAACACUUUGAGUCCAAAUCAUGUUUAUAAUUUCCGUCUCUUGUACAUCUUGACAGAAUUAUUGUAAUGACCUUUACCAUUGUUGUAUAUAGUAGUUUGAGUUCAAACAUGAAUGAUAAUGGACUGUUGUUGAAACGAUUGUGAUUAUAAACAAUCAGCAUACAUAUGUUGGCAUUAAUAUUUAACAGUCUCAAAUUAAACCGCAUAUAAAUUGCUUAAAUAAUUUCAUAGUUUCUGGAUUGAUCAUUGAAAAGUGAAGGUUAAAAGUCAUCCCUUCUUGCUCUUAUUGAUUAUGGCCAAAACAUUUAAUAUUCUCUUUUUUAAAUGGUGUAUUAAAAUGUGUAUUAUAUGAUGCUUAAUGUUUUUUUUUUAUUAUUAUUUGAAUCUGUCAAAGACUGUUUUUAUAGAUGUUGUAAUAUCAUGUGACAUUUGUAGACGUGUACUAUCAUUACUAUGACUGCAUAUAUUCUUAUUUCCCCCAUUUUCCCUAACCUAUGAGACGAUAAGAAAUUUGUGCAUGAAGUAGGUUAUGCAUUUUAUUAAAUGCUAUACAGAUGUGGAUUUUAAAUAUUGUGGAUUGAGGAAAAAAUAUGUAUAUAUAUAUAUACACAAAUAUACACACACAUAUGUAUACACUAUGUGUGUAUAUACGAUAUUGCGAGACCAGACCAAGGCAAAAAAAGAAUAACAUUUGUAGUAAUGAACUUGUUUGUAUAUCUUGUGGAGCAAGGAAUGACCUCAUUGUCUUUUCAGUGAAAGCCUUCUUUGUUUUGUUGUGCAUAUUUGAAAUAUAUUAUUCAAAUCAAUGAAAGAA